AUGGACCGCGGCGCCGACCAAGUCGCCGCGCAAGGCCGUGCGGUCGACGAGCACGACUUGGACCAAGAGAUCCAAGCCAUGAAGCGUCACGUGUUGGAAAUGGAAGCGCAGCUCCACCACUUCCCGAUAAACGUUCAAUGGCCCCAUGGCCCCAGGCAACACCAGCCCCGAGCAGCGACUGCUGUAGCCAUCGACGACAAUUCCAUCUACAUCGGCCAAGUCGACUACUCAACCACAGCGGAAGAUCUUGUCGCAUUGUUUCACCGGUGUGGGCCUAUCAUGCGCGUGACCGUCGUUUGCGAUAAAGCCACCGGUCAGCCCAAAGGGUACGCUUACAUCGAAUUUGCCACGCCCGACGCUGCGCAAAGUGCAUUGGCUCUCAAUGAAACGCCAUUUCGCGGGCGGCAGAUCAAGGUCACGACCAAGCGAGCUCACCACGAGGACCAAGUGGACGAGGUGGCGGACGUGGUGGAGGGCGCAGUCCUCCACCGAGCCGUGGGGGCAGAGGAAUCAGUCACGACGGAGACCUAUCUCUAA